ACCCUCCCCGCGCGCCCACCGGACACCCCGCCCGACUUGUUUCUCCCCCUCUCCCGCCUCCCGGGCCGCGCUUUAUCACCAAGCUCCCUGCUCUCACCACUCCUCCCUCCUCCGCAACACACAGUCAUCCAUCACACCAGAGGCGAUCGACCUCAGCCGAUUAGCUAGCUAGCGAUGUGCCGCGCCACGACGAUGGAGGACGGCCCCCACGCCGGGGGCUUCCUCCGCCCGACCCUCGACAUCCGCGCCUUCUACCUCCGCCUCUCCUCUUCCUCUUCCCCUUCCGCCCCGGCGCCGGCGGAGCUCGCGCUCGUCUACCACCCGGCGAUAGGCGGCGCCGCGCUGGCGCUCAACGGCCGCGCGCUCCCGCCGGCGGCGCCCGCGGAGGUCACGCUCCGCCAGGUCGCCGGGGACGCGUACGCCAGCGCCGACCGCGUCGCCGCCACCGAGGGCGCGCGGUUCGAGGUUUACGCCGGGAAGGAGAUGGCGGCGGAGGGCGUCUUCAGGCGCCGCCGAAUCAGCGGGGAGGGUGGUUGGCGCGUGGAGUGCCGCCGGGCCGCGGCGGCGUCGCCGACGGUGGCGGUGGCGGAGGUGGUGGUGCUCGCGGAGGGCGGCGUGCUGAUGCGGGACAGGGCGAGGGCGACGUCCAGGCGGCGGAUCGGGUGCGGGGCCACGAGGCUCGAGGGGAUCCCGGAGGAGGCCACGGACGUCGGACGGGGGUGCCAGUGCGGGGGGGCAUGCGGCGAUGACGAGUGGGAGGUGGUCGGGGACGACUCCGACGACGCCGUGGCGUGGAAAGAGGAGGAGGACGUCGAGGUGGAGACGGUGAGGUGGGCGAUGGAGAUGGGUGUGUGGGCCGUCUGCCUCGGCGUCGGCCUGCUCGCCACGGCCAGGCGGUUCCGCCGGAAGCGUGCCUUCUGGUGAACGCCGGCCGCUUCCUGCCACGGGUUCUCGUCACGCCCAGACGAAAAUUUUUGCCUGUAGCUUUAAGUGUAAAACCAAAGAUUCUGUACAGGUUUCUCAGGAAUUUCACUUUGCUUUAUGAGUGUACAUUUCCUUUGAUCAACAAAGGCUCGUAGGACUAAGUUCUGUCUGUAGUUUUAAGUGUAAACUCGAAGAUUUGGUGCAGGUUCCUCAACGAUUUCACGAGUUGAUCAACAAAGACAGACUCUUAUCCA